CACCCGUAAUAUAAUUAGAUAGAUAGAUAGUUUAUUAAUACAAUACAUGUCUACUAAGUUUCAUUUUGAAUUUUUGAAAAAUCGUUUUGAUCAGGAAGAUAAAGUGACAGCCAUUUUACGAGAUCAUUCUUGACUGCAAUGAGGAGGUUGGGUGUACGUUUUGAAGAUCUUGCCGAGGAACAUGGUGAUAUCCAAACUUUCGUUUUUCUCGAUUUCGAGACUACUGGUUUGCUUCAUGAAGAAGCAAAAGUUACUGAGAUGUGCUUACUGGCUGUUACCGAAAGGGACUUAAUGGAAACAAGGUUCCCGAGGGUAACAAACAAGCUCACACUCUGCUUUAAUCCUGGAAAGUCUUUAACACCUAAGGCGAUGGAACUGUCAGGACUUACCAUUGACAUGCUGAAUGAACAAAAAACAAUGACGUCACAGAGUGUUGAUCUAAUCAACGCCUUCCUUAGUCAUCUGCAAGAGCCUGUUUGUUUACUAGCGCAUUAUGGCGAUAAAUUUGAUUUCCCCUUGUUAAUGUCCGAGCUUUAUGCCAUCAACCAGGCAGACGCCUUGAAAGAGGCACUUCUUUGUGCCGAUACAUGGGAAGCGUUUAAAUCUUUACACGAUUUGCCGUCGGCAGCCGGAAGUUCAGGCAGUCGUCCAGAAAAAAGGAAAUCGGAAACUUCAACCAGUUAUUCCGACACACCUCCAUUGAAGAAAUCUAAAAGUCUUCCAAUAGGCACUAAAGGGACAUCAAAGGCUGUAAACAAACAAGCCACCAAAAAGGCAGUUCCGAAGAUGGAGAAAUCUGCUUCAAUACCGAUUAAGUCGUUCAAACUUGAAGAUCUUUACUUCAGGGUCUUCGGGGAAAUGCCUGAAAAGAGUCACACAGCCGAAGGCGACUGCGUCACUUUGCUUAAGAUCGCCCAGCAUUCACCGGGAUUUAUUCGCUGGGUUAAUAGGAACUCUGUAAAGUUUUCAACAAUUAGCCCGGCAGACACAUAAGACUUUUUAUCCUUUUCCAUCAUAAUCUACCAACUGUGUGCUAGAUCCUCAUUAGUAUGUUGCCUUUAAAUACAUAUAUGCUAUUAUAUAGAGCUUUUUUUAUAUACAUUUUGUGCUUUAAUAUUUCAAAAGAGAACUGUAUGGACAUGUACAAUUGUACAUUGUAAUGUUAAACAGAAGAACACUGUUCGGCUUAAAACUGAAAAUAACACAUGUAUACACAAUGCUAUCAGUUUUGUUAUAACUUCCCGCAUAUCAUUGACAAAACUAUGUACAUCUUAUAUCAGCUUUCCUCGCACAAACUGUAUUUACGAAUUGAUAGUGUGUUAUCUUUCAAGCUUUAUGUUCUUAAACACAUGUAGUUAUUAAAAUUUA